CCAGAUUAAUGGUAAAAAGCUUACUGUUGAAUGUCUUUUCCCUGUGCAGCUGUUUGAUAAAGGAGAACUGCUGGAGUGCAUCAGGAAGCUGGUGGAGAUCGACCAGGAGUGGGUCCCCUACUCCCAGGAUGCCAGCCUCUAUAUCAGACCCACUUACAUUGGAACAGAGCCGUCUCUUGGCGUGUCUCGUCCAGGAAAAGCUAUGAUCUUCGUCAUCAUCGGCCCAGUCGGGCCGUACUUUUCAACGGGGUCCUUCAACCCAGUGUCCCUGCUGGCAGACCCUGCGUUUGUGAGAGCUUGGAAAGGAGGUGUUGGGGCCUACAAGAUGGGAGGGUAAGUUUUUACCCUUAAGUGUGCAUUUGGUGU